GGGGGCGGGGGGAUGCGCCGCGGCGGCGGCGCGGGCGCUGGGGCUGGUGUUUGGCCGCGCCAGAGCAGCGGAUCCCGGUCUCACCGCGGCAGCAGCCCUGGUUCCGCGCACGGCCCCAAGACACCGUACCUUCUGCCCCCUGCCUUUUUUUUUUUUUUUUUUUUAAAUAACCGGAACCAAUGAACGCAGCCGGCACCCGAGCCCCGGAGGUCGCCGGUGCCGAAGGGACCAGGCUGGCGUCCGGCGGGAGCCCAUGUCUGAGGCGGCGGGGGCGGCCCGGGCUGUCGCUCGCGGCGGCGGCGCCUCGCGGAGCGGGCGAGUGGCCGGCGGCCGGGGCGCCGCCGCGCUUCUUCGCUUCUCAUCCCGCCGCGACUCUCGGCCCGGCCUCGGGCUGGUUGCAGCGGCAGCGCUGGGCUGCGGUGCUGGUGUUCGGGCUGCUGGUGGCCGGAGCGGCGGACGGAUGCGAGCUUGUGCCAAGGCACCUCCGCGGGCGGCGGGCGGCAGGCUCUGCCGGGGCAGCCGCCUCUUCUCCCGCUGCGGCGGCGGGCGGCAGCUCGGCGCUCCUGACAGAUCCCUGUAUGUCACUGAGUCCACCAUGCUUUACAGAAGAAGAUCGAUUUAGUCUCGAAGCUCUUCAAACAAUACAUAAACAAAUGGAUGAUGACAAAGAUGGUGGAAUUGAAGUAGAUGAAAGCGAUGAAUUUAUCAGAGAAGAUAUGAAAUAUAAAGAUGCUACUAAUAAACAUAGUCAUCUGCACAGAGAAGAUAAACAUAUAACUGUUGAGGAUUUAUGGAAACGGUGGAAAACAUCAGAAGUUCAUAAUUGGACCCUCGAGGAUACCCUUCAGUGGUUGAUAGAAUUUGUUGAACUCCCUCAAUAUGAAAAGAAUUUUAGAGACAAUAAUGUCAAAGGAACUACACUUCCCAGGAUAGCAGUUCAUGAACCUUCAUUUAUGAUUUCCCAAUUGAAAAUCAGCGACCGGAGUCAUAGACAAAAACUUCAGCUCAAGGCCCUGGAUGUGGUUCUCUUUGGACCUCUGACACGCCCACCUCAUAACUGGAUGAAGGACUUCAUCCUCACAGUUUCUAUAGUCAUUGGAGUUGGAGGAUGUUGGUUUGCUUAUACACAGAAUAAGAGCUCCAAAGAGCAUGUCGCAAAAAUGAUGAAAGACUUAGAGAGUCUUCAGACUGCAGAGCAGAGUCUAAUGGAUUUACAGGAAAGGCUUGAAAAGGCACAGGAAGAAAACAGAAAUGUCGCUGUAGAAAAGCAAAAUCUAGAGCGCAAAAUGAUGGAUGAAAUCAAUUACGCAAAGGAGGAGGCUUGUCGACUGAGAGAGCUCAGGGAGGGAGCUGAAUGUGAAUUGAGCAGACGUCAAUAUGCAGAGCAGGAAUUGGAGCAGGUUCGCAUGGCUUUAAAAAAGGCUGAAAAAGAAUUUGAACUGAGAAGCAGCUGGUCUGUUCCAGAUGCACUUCAAAAGUGGCUUCAAUUAACACAUGAAGUAGAAGUACAGUACUACAAUAUUAAAAGACAAAACGCUGAAAUGCAGUUAGCUGUUGCUAAGGAUGAGGUUGCUGCUUCAUAUCUGAUUCAGGCAGAAAAAAUUAAAAAGAAGAGAAGCACAGUCUUUGGGACUCUGCAUGUUGCACAUAGCUCCUCCCUAGAUGAGGUAGAUCACAAAAUUCUGGAAGCAAAGAAAGCUCUCUCUGAGUUGACAACUUGUUUACGAGAACGACUCUUUCGCUGGCAACAGAUUGAGAAGAUCUGUGGCUUUCAGAUAGCCCAUAACUCUGGACUCCCCAGCCUGACAUCUUCCCUAUAUUCUGAUCACAGCUGGGUAGUAAUGCCCAGAGUCUCCAUUCCUCCCUAUCCAAUUGCUGGAGGAGUUGAUGACUUAGAUGAAGAUACCCCAAUAGUGUCGCAAUUUCCUGGGACCAUGGCUAAACCUGCUGGGUCAUUAGCCAGAAGCAGUAGUUUGUGUCGCUCUCGUCGCAGCAUUGUGCCCUCCUCGCCGCAGUCUCAGCGGGCUCAGCUUCCUCCACAUGUGGCCCUCACCUCUCACCCUCGGCAUUCCCAUCAGCCCCAGCACACCCAGCACUCGUUGCCUUCCCCUGAUCCAGAUAUCCUCUCAGUGUCAAGUUGCCCUGCGCUCUAUCGGAAUGAAGAGGAAGAGGAGGCCAUUUACUUCACUGCUGAAAAGCAAUGGGAAGUGCCAGACACUGCUUCUGAGUGUGACUCCUUAAACUCUUCCAUUGGAAGGAAACAGUCUCCUCCUUCAAGCCUCGAGAUAUACCAAACAUUGUCUCCUCGAAAGAUAUCAAGAGAUGAGCUCUCCUUAGAGGAUUCCUCCAGAGGAGAUUCACCCAUAACUGCAGAUCUUUCUCGGGGCUCUCCCGACUGUGUAGGUCUAACAGAAACCAAGAGUAUGAUCUUCAGUCCUGCAAGCAAAGUAUACAAUGGCAUCUUGGAGAAAUCCUGUAGCAUGAACCAGCUUUCUAGUGGCAUCCCAGUGCCCAAACCUCGCCACACAUCUUGUUCUUCAGCUGGCAACGACAGUAAACCAGUUCAGGAAACCCCAAAUGUUACCAGGAUAAGCAGCAUCCCCCAUGACCUGUGUCAUAAUGGAGAGAAAAGCAAAAAGCCAUCAAAAAUCAAAAGCCUUUUUAAGAAGAAAUCCAAAUGACCUGGCUGACUUGAUGGAAUUCUAUCCAGUGGCAUCUGUAAACGUCUCCUACCCUCACUCCCUGUUUUUUGUUUUAAUUUUAGGAAUGUAACUCCAUUGGGGCUUUCCAGACAGGAUGCCAUAGUGGAAUGUCCUUAAGGGCAACUGUCUACUGUCUGCUUAUUUAAGUGACUAUAUAAUCAAUUUGUCAAGCCAGUUAUUACUGAAAAAUCUUAAGAGAUGAGACAGUUUACAGUCAUUUCUGCCUAUUUAUUUCUGCUUUGUUGUUAGUGAUGUGUACACAACGUUUUGUUGGAAGCCACUAUGGACUUACAAGCUUUAAUGGACUAGUAAGCCAGCAUGGGCUUGCAAAAAUUUCUUGUUUACCAGAGCAUCUUCUUAUCUUUCCACAGAGCUAUUUACAUCAUGGACUAAAUAACUUAAAAGACAUAAAACUAAUUGCACUACUCUUUUCCAGACUGGAAAAAAAGUCUCUGCAAGUGAAACUGUAUAGAGUUUAUAAAAUGACUAUGGAUAGGGGACUGUUUUCACUUUUAGAUCAAAAAUGGGUUUUUAAGUAGAAACUAGAGUUUCUAAUUGACUUGAUUUCUGGAAAUGAAAACCCAUGCUUUAUUAUGGGACGCUUCUUUAAAUGCAUUUAUUAUUAUAAAGUUUCAAGUCCUGCUGUAAAGAUCAUGUUGUUUUGUUUUCCCCAGGGCUUUCACUGUGAUUUACUGCAUUGCAGGCUGUAUGAUAAAUAUAAAUAAUUUAAAGAGAGAAGGCUCUUGAUUCCUUAUGCAAGUAAAAGAGUUGAAACUUGAUUGAAGGACUUAAAACAUUCACAAGUUUAAACCGAGGUAGGGGGUAUGGAGGUUCAUGCACUUGUUUACAGACUUUGAACAACGACAAAGGAUUUAUGGCUUGUGAAAAAUUUGUACUGUGGAAAAGAUAAUAAAUUGGAGACAUUAUUGUGUGGGAUUGUGCUGAUUUUUGUUGAUAACACUCCUCUAAAAACAUUAUCUGUUUUCUGGAGAGCUUUGUAAGCUGUCUUGUUGCUUAAUUGCAAUAUAAGAACUAGUGAUAUUUGGAAGUAAGUUGUCAACAAAUGUCUUUCUAUUUUAUAUUGUUUGUCAUAUUUUUAUGUAGUUUGAAAUGUUUAAAUGUUCUAAUAUCAAGAUUAACAAAUAUAAAUUUAUGGUGCAUUUAGAUUGUGUUGUAUUAAUUUGUAAAGUUUGGUGUUCAUUAAAUUAGGUCAUUGUAGACUAGCUUUAUUGUGAGAAAUGUCACAUACAGCAACAAAGAACGUUAAUAUCUGGGUUUCUGCUUAUUACACCUUAAAAAAGUCAGUUAUAAAUGAUCUGGUUAAUGCCAUGAGGAUGUUUGGGUGAGCAAUUCCUAAGUAUAAGCUAGAGUGGUUUUUUAGAAUUAUGGCUAAAUACAUAAUGUUUAACCCAGUGCUGUUUAGAUGAAAAUGCUAAUUUCUCAAGAAAUUUCUUUGAGAUUUGCUCCAAAGAAAUGCUUUAAUUACUAAGAGUAUGAAGAAUUUCAGGAAAUCUCUUAUAAACUGGGAUUGUUUGUUUUCUUUGGUCCUGUUGUCAAAAAAUGUUAAUUAAGGUCUAAAAUGAUGUUUAUAUAGGCUGAUAAAUGUUUAACAGACCAAGUUCGAUUAAGGUCAGAAAUCGAUUGAAAUGAAUUUAUGAUUUGUACUAAUAAUAAGGUUAGAUAAUCUGAAAGAUAGAGUUUAGGAACUCAGAUGUAAAGUAAUUUAAGAAGGGGAAAAAUUGUGCAUAAACAAUUGAAAAGUGUCCUGGAAAGUUUAUUUAGAAUGAAGAAAUCCUUUUUUCUUUUCCUUACAAAACAGGAGGGGUUCUUCCCUUUGAAACUUGCAGAAGGGAUGGGAAUGUUGUAGUUUGAUGGAUAGGGAAGGUAAAAGCCAUGGAGCCCGAGAAGCUGGGAGAAGAGCUGCAGCAAGGGCACUGUCUUUCCAGGGCUGGAACGGUGCUCUGGAUCAGGUGGCACUUGUGCUUAGGCCUGAGGGAGCGUGGGCUGCCAAAUUCAGGAGUCCUUGUUUGUGCUGCUUUUCACACACUUGUUUAUAAACAGAUCGGCCAAGGGGUGUUUGUAAUAUUUAUUUUGCAUUAAUACAAUACUCUAUAUUUGUAAACUUAACAAAAAAUAAUUGAGCUUUGGAAAGCCACAAUAAUUUCUGUAUUAUAUUAUUUAUAUUUGAAAAGUCGGGCAUUUCUAUAAAUUUUUAAAAUUA